AUGGCGGAGGAGGCGCUGACGACGUCGGAGCCGCUGGCGCUCGAGUCCUCGUUCACACACUGGGCGCGCUUAGUGGAGGUGCCAAUCGGCGAAGAUCGUGUGGUGUCUGUCGAGCAGGAUCCGGACUCGUUUGUGCUGGGAACGACCGUAUGGGACAGUAGCAAGACCCUCCUCAAAUUCAUCGAGCAGCGCCCCGAGCGGUUCCAGCGUUUCUCGUCUAUCUGUGAACUUGGCGCGGGCUGUGGAGGUCUCGCAGGCAUCGCCAGUGCGAUUGUCACUGGUGGACUGGCCGAUGUGGUGCUCACGGACAUUGGCCCGGUCCUUCCGUGGCUGCGACGCAACGUAAGGGAAAACCUGACCGACAAAGAGCUACAGCGCGUGCGCGUGGAGCAACACGCUUGGGGCACGCCCGUGACGAAUCUUAAGGCGCCAUUCGACUGCAUCUUGUGUGCUGACGUGGUGUACGAGAAGGCGUGUGUGAAGCCGUUGGUGCAGUCAUUGCUAGCUCUGUCACACCGCAAGACUGUCAUCUUCUUGGCUAAUGAGCGUCGUGCACCGGUAGUGCGAGCGGAAUUUAUGAAACAUUUGGAUUCGUAUUUCCAGUGGAAGGAAGUGCCCAAGACGGAGCUGGAUGCGGAUUAUCUGAAAGAAGCGAUCGAGGUGUUCGAGAUGAGACCAAAGAAGCGCAAAGUGCCACUAGAGAUGCAGAUCGAAACGCCAGACAACUACAACCCUGACGAACAGGAGUAUCACCCGCUGGGUAGUGGCGCUGGAAACGAAGCGGACCCAUACGAUCGGGAUCUCUGGAAUGACCUGCUACGAGACCUGUCGAUUGAUCCUGCAGACAUGAAGAAACCAAGUUGA